AUGAGUAAGAAGAGUGAUGAUGUGAAGGACAAGAUCACAACCAUUGCCAACAACACCUGCUUCAUCAGCACGCCGUCGUUGGUGCCGGCCAUCCUAGACGCAUUCUCAGACCUCAAUGUGGUGCCGGCACGACUGCGCCAGAUCUGCGACCACGUGUUGCGCCAGCUUGGAUCGCACAGUCCAGAGUGCCUCCCAAUCGUCAUCAAGUUUCGCAUGCAGCAAGGUGGUGGCGGUACUGUUGAGGGCGGCGAGGAGUGGGAGAUGAUGCCACAGCGUGGCUGCGGCCAACUCAAGACUACCAUGGCCCAGCCAAUCACCGCCCUCGAUCUGCUUAACGCCCACCGCCGCGGCGCGGAGACCACCGUCAUUAAGCUUGCAAGCACGGGCCGGCUCACCACCGCCAUGGCUGUUGCCAUGUUUGCCAGACACACGCGCGCGUUCUUGAUGUGCUUCAAGUCGAUUCAGGAGGUGGUUGGGGCGCUGGUGGCGCACAUUGGCACGGGGCAGGCACAGGAGGUGGACGCAGCCAUGCCUGUGCUGCUACUGUCGCUGGCCACAGGCCACCUGAAGCUGCUGCACCCAUUUGCGCUCAUGCUGAACGGCAUCCUGGACUGUCUGAGCAACCUGCACUUCAUCCCCACCCGGCAGCUCUUCCGUGUCCCGACCACGCUCAUGUUUGACCGCCAGCGCACCGCAGCCGCAGGCCUCAUAGGAAGAUGGUGCCUGUCUCAAUCCAAUGAAGAGCUGAAACACAUCGGCACCAUCGCUGCCACCACUGUCACCCGCACCUGGCUCGCUCUCGCCAACGACACAGACACCUCCAUCGGCCCACCAACAACCAUCAAGAGCAAGCACAUCUGCCGGGAUGUGUGCACGGGGAUGGUGGGCUCACCAUCGAGCCGCCGCCGCCGACGGCCGGUUGGGUUCAUGUCGCUCGCCGACCCCGGCAGGCACGUGUGGAGGCCGCCGGGACCCCCAAGUGCACGUUCCAGCACAACAACACUGUCAACACAAUUGUGGUUUGCGCAGACGGACGGGUGCGCCCCAUACGUUGGAGACCAAGACCGACGAGGAGACAAGACUGCGGAAGCACGCUGCCGGAACGCGGACCUCUUCACGUUCCUGAUGUCGCUGCAGCCCUUUGUAUGGUGGGACCUGCCGCUGGGGACGGGCAACCUGAACCCGGAGGAGGAGACGAUAGAGGAGGUGCAGCACGAGAGUGGGGCGCACCCACGCGCUCAAGCCGGCGUUCUCGAUUGGCGUGGGCCUGCAGCGACGACGUGCUGUUCCGGACGGUCGUGGACGGACAACGACCGCACCCUGGAGCUGCUGCGCAAGGCGGGCGUUGUGAGCGUGGACGUGGGAGUGAAAGAGGACCUGUUUGGUUGA